GCUGAGAUGUUACAGCCAGAUGAUCAAUUGAAGAGAGAGGUAGACUGGUGUGUGGAACAGCUGGAACUCUGCCUGAAGACUCAGAAAUCCACCCCAAAACAGACGGAGGAAGCUCUCCGCGCCAUCAAGACGCUGCGCAGCAAGAAAGCCGUGCUGGCGAAGAAGCGCCAAGUGAUGCGGCUGAUGCUGGGCGACUACAGAGCGAAAAUGGCCGAGGAACGGCAGAAGCAGCUGAAACUCUUGCAAGCAGCUUCAAAAGCAGCUCACAUCGCAGAAGUGAACGAAGAGACUCAGAAGAAGAGAAGCCAGGUGUUCAGGAAGUCCGCAGAAGGGGCCAGAACCUUCCAGAACCUCCAAGAACCUUCUUGCCAUCAACCCCCAGCUUGUCUCAGAUCAACAGACCCUUCCUCUUUUACAUUCAGGCCAUCGCAGGAAGAGUUCUGCUUCAACUUUUUCUAAGCAACCCUAUGACAGGGUUUAUGAAUUCCGUGGUAAAUUUAUGCUGCACAGGCAUACCUGAUUUGACGUAUUUUUCUAUGCAAACGGUUUACUAACUGGUGCAACUGAUUGAGAGUUAAGAGUCGCCUGACAGUGAGAUGGGUGGCUUAUAAAUUUUAUAAGUAAGUA